CGAGCAUCUUUUAAUUUGACCAUUUUAUGAUUCUGAUCAGAGCGCUAAUUAGAGCAGGCGGAUUCUGACAGGAGAACUUCUGGUAGCCGCGAUUGCUGAAGGCUCCAGCGCACGUUUCAAUUGGACGUGGAGGUGCGCUAAAAAGCCUUUCUCCAUCUGCCCCCCAAAAGGCUUUCACCAAAUGUUCUUCUCCUUCUCCUCUUUCAGACUCGACUUUCCACAGACAGAAGCGGCUGGCUGUUUAAAAUGCAAGGUCGCAAGCUGUUUGGAUUUGCUUACAUAGGAAUUCAUAUAUGGACAUCGUACUUGUUCAGAGAAUCCCAUCAGGGCGAAUACCAAAGGAAAUUGUACAAAGAACUGCUGGAGAACUACAACCGCCUGGAAAGGCCCGUUCUCAAUGACUCCCAGCCGCUGCUCGUGGAACUUGGGAUGACUUUGCUGCAGAUUAUUGAUGUGGAUGAGAAGAAUCAGGUCCUGGUGACCAAUGCGUGGCUGCAGCUGCAUUGGACGGAUGUGUACCUGUCUUGGAACACAGAACACAACCCCGGAGUGCAAAAUCUGCGGUUUCCCUCAAAUCAGAUCUGGGUGCCAGAUAUUCUGCUAUAUAACAGUGCAGAUGAAAGAUUUGAUGCAACCUUCCACACCAAUGUCCUGGUUAAUGCAUCAGGGUCGUGCCAGUACAUUCCUCCUGGGAUUCUGAAGAGCACCUGCUACAUCGAUGUUCGCUGGUUCCCCUUCGACAUCCAGAAGUGCAAUCUGAAGUUUGGAUCCUGGACACACAACGGCUGGCUCCUGGAUCUGCAGAUGCUGGAAGUGGACAUAUCCACUUACAUCCCGAACGGAGAGUGGGAUUUAGUAGGGGUCCCAGGGAAGAGAAAUGAGGAAUACUAUGAGUGCUGCAAGGAGCCCUACCCUGACGUGACAUUCACUGUAGUGAUGCGGCGACGAACACUAUACUAUGGGCUCAAUCUCCUGAUCCCCUGUGUGCUUAUCUCUGGUCUGGCUCUACUGGUCUUUCUGUUACCAGCUGACUCGGGAGAGAAGAUUUCACUUGGGAUCACUGUCCUUCUGUCCUUAACAGUGUUUAUGCUGUUGGUUGCUGAGAUAAUGCCUGCAACAUCAGACUCUGUGCCACUUAUAGCCCAGUAUUUUGCCAGCACAAUGAUGAUUGUGGGCCUGUCUGUUGUAGUCACAGUGCUUGUCCUUCAGUUUCAUCACCAUGACCCCCAUGGAGGAAAAAUGCCAAAGUGGAUACGAGUCGUGCUGCUCAACUGGUGUGCCUGGUUCCUGCGAAUGAAGAAGCCCGGCGAAGACCGGAAGCUCCUGGCUUACAAGUUCGCUCGCCCCCAGCACCACUGCAGCACCAGCAGCAUUGAGAUGAAUGCCGUUCCAGGGCAGCAGUCCAGCAAUGGGAACAUGAACAUCUACUUUGGUUACCACGCCAUGGAGAACCCCUGCUGCCCUCCCAGCAGCGACUCUGGGGUCGUGUGUGGAAGGACGACCAGCUCGCCCACGGAUGACACCGAAACCCUACACACCAAAGCGCUGUCGGAGCACAUCCCCGAAAUCGUCAAAAUCCUGGAGGAGGUGCAGUACAUUGCCAGGCGCUUCAGAGACCAGGACGAGGGUGAGGCCAUCUGCAGUGAAUGGAAGUUCGCGGCGGCGGUGGUCGACAGGUUGUGCCUGGUGGCCUUCUCCCUGUUCUCCAUCAUCUGCACCUUCACGAUACUGAUGUCCGCCCCCAAUUUCAUAGAAGCCGUUUCGAAGGACUUCACAUAAAAAUAACGCACGGCGCCGCAGCAUUUGCCAGAAAAAGUAAACUUCAAAUUUAAAUCAAGCAUAAAACCAAUUCAAUAUAACAUUUUAAGUGUAAAUAUGCAUCACAUAAACUACUGAAGCCCCGCCAGCUUCACUGUGAAAUCGCUGCUGUUAUAUUUUUUAAAAGGUCCGCACAUUUUCACAUUCACUAAUUCACUUCAUAAUUAAGAUAAUAAUUCACUUCUACCACAAAACUGAAAAAAUAAAAACAUGUUCUGUUACUUUGGCCCUUGUUGUUAAGGACAGGGAGCCUAUCACAAGCAGUAAGUUAAUAUGUGGUGAAGCCAAAGUCCAUCUAUAUGCCACUUUAUAUUAAAUUUUUUGAAUAAAAGAACAAAAUAGGAAUGUCACACUAGAAGACAACACCCCUUAAUUCCAACCCAGCCAUCAGUGCUACCCCCUCCAGGUUUCCCCUAAAAAAACCUGUAAGCAGAACUUCAUGUCUCCACACCCUGCCGUCUCAUAUCGGAGUCCUAUAGAAUCCGAAUAUCGGGAAGGGAAAUUGGAGGCUAAGAACUUGAGACUCCUGCUUGUAUAAGUGAUAGGACAGUGUUCUCAGUGGAAGUAAAGAGGUUGAGGUGUGUUUUGCGUACGAGAAGGACUCAAGAUUAAUAAACCACUCAUGGCCUGAUGGCAUCUCAAGGAAACAUGAGAUUUGAUUCAGAGACAAUUGACACUACUCUGAUAACAGUAACUGAAGACAAGGGUAGUAUCCAUGGACUAGGGAAUAGCUAAUCUUGUGUCCAUCCACAAAAAGGGUAACAAAAUCGACCCAAGUAAAUACAGACCAAUUACUCUGACUUCUGUUACUUCUUACUUCUGUCUUACAAUGUAAGGUUAUGGAAACUAUCUAUGGAAUGAAAGUAGAUUAGAGGAUCACAUAUACGGAGAGUAGAUAGUGAGAAAUAGUCAGCUUGGAUUUAGUUUGUACCUAAACAAUUUUUAGAGGUCUUUGAACAAGCCACCACUGUAAUGAAUACAAAAAGAGCAUAUGAUAUGGUAUUUUAAAUGUUCAGGAGACAUCUUUUUAAAUCCCUCAGUAUAGAUUAAUUCUCAAAUUAUAGGUGGUGGGCACUCUGGGAAACAUGAAUGUUUGGAUUGAGAAUUGGUUACUAAAUAGAACGUUGUAUAAAUAAGAGGUGAAUAAGCCAACUGGGGUAAUGUAAUGGGAGGUGUGCCACAUGGAUCUGUUAGGUCUUUGUCAUUUGUCAAUCUUCUUAAUUUAUAUAAGUGAUCUACUGUACAUUCUAGUCAUUAUUAGGAAAUUUGUCAAUUUGUCAAUCAGUUGCCAACAAUGUAGAAGUGGCAAAUUACAUACAAAUAGAUUAAGAAAGAAAAAGAUUGGGGAAAACACCUGGCAUUCUAAAUUUAAUAUAGAAAAGUACAGGACGUGGUAUAGGGCUUAGUAUUCUGGAAGAAAAAACAUUAAACUAUAAAUAUUUAUAGAAUAUUUAGAAGUGGUAGAAUUUAAAUCAAGAGGUGUUAUGUUGAAAUUAUGUAACACAAUAGUAAGGCCUCGUUUAAAAUAAUGUGUGCAAUUUUGUUACCACAUAAAAGAAAAUAUAUCCUGCUCUGGAAUUAGUCCAGAGAGAAGCAACUAGAUAUAAUCAGGGGCUUUAGGGUAUGUCAUACACUGACAGGCUAAAGGAUCUUUACCUUGUUAGUCUUGAACAGAGAUGUGUACAUUUGCAAAGGGGCCUGAUGCAAGCAUUCACAAUCGUCAAAAGCACUGACAAAGUCAACCCAACAGACAUCUUCAGAAUAAACAGAAAAAAAAAAACAGAAGGCACAAGUUUAAACUAUGUUGAAAGGCAUUUCAAACUAAGAUCAGGAAGGCCGUGGGACCAAGCUACUGUACCUAGCCCUUUUGUUGAAGGCUAGAUGAAUUGUGUGGCCCCUUCUAAUUUGUAUCCUUACUUAGAUUUUUCUUAACACAUUACCCCCAAUUUUUUAAUUACCGAGAGGCCAACCAAAACUAUGACCUGCAUCCUGUGUGAGGUCAGGAUAAAGGAAUCCAAAUCCCUUUGUUUUACUCUGAAACUAACAGAUUAUGCAGUUGUUACAAAGACAACCUCAACUUCCAUGGGAACACACAGGCAGGUGUUACAGAAUGGAGACUCAAGUAAAAAAAGUCAGGUCUCUUGAAAUGAGAUCAAAGGACUCGUUCAUGGAAUGGACUUUGACUCUACAUUACACAUAUUUGCUAGUUUUAUUUCUCAAAAUUUGAACAAGUUAAAUCUUGAAGUCUGUAUGGAGAGACCAGACUUUCUUCAAGUCAUUUUAUUUAUUUUGCACAAUUAAAUACAGUAUGAGCAAUUGAUUUAUUUGCAAGGCGAAACCUCUGGUUGGGAGCACACCAAGAAAGUAUCUCCCCCAUAUUUUCAUACUUUCACAUUUAAUUACUUUUAGGGAACUAGUAUUUAAUUCACUUUAUUUGUGCGCAUGGGUCAGCAACUUAUCUACCAUAUAAAGUUUAUAGAGUUGUACUAUUACCUUUACAUUAAAUUACCAUAUAACAUUAAAAAUGCUUCAGAUGUAAAACAUACAGUAUUUGUGCCAAAAAGAUACAAGAAUGGAUUACACAUUAUUUUUCUCAAUGUUCCCAUAUUCACCCUAAAUAAUUCAGAGCAAAUUUUAUUUUCUGUUUUCUACAUGAAUACACAAUUAUGGUUAGUACUAGUAGCCAUUCUUGUGAGCAAAUAGAGAACAAAAUCAUGAAUCAGCAAAUGUUCCAUGGCAGAUGAAAGAAUCCUAAGUAUGUGUAUUUUAAAAAGUGCUGUGUAUAUAGGUCACUCGUCUGAAACACUUUGAUAUAUUAAUUUUUUAAAACAUAAUUGAAACAGGGGUUAAACAGAACUUACUGAAUGACAAUCAGCAGUUUACAUUUAGUUUAAUACAUUUAAAACAGCAAGGAGCAUAUUUUAAGUUUACAGCUAUUUUAUUUUAAAAUCUUAUUUUUAAAUGAAUGAAUACUACUGUUUAAGAUAAAGCUGAAAUGGUAAAGUUAAGGAUAAUUGCAACUUGUUCAAAACAGCUUAGUACAUUAAAUUAAUAUAAAGAUAAAAUGCAUAAAUGCUUAUAAAGUUUGUAAUAGACAUAUCAGCAAAUAGCAAAUCUACACACUGCCAUACAUUUCAAAAUAUUUUUAUAAAAAUUCAAAUGAGCUUUUACAUAAAUUCUGAUUAUUAUUUUACAGAAUAAUAUUAUUUUUGUUUGGAGAAAUUCCCUGGAGAUUUCAUCUAGGCCUGGUCAUACAGUAAGAGGAGACCAAAUAUAAUUUAAAAGAGGAACAAAAAUAUCAUCAUGAAUAGUCAAAUGUCUGCAUUUAAGUGGUACCCUAAACCUUCUUAACAGGGUGUCACAGCUGUACCCAACAUGCCAAACAACACAAGAACAGGAUGCCUCCUACCCAGAAAAAUAACAAAGGAGAGGGAGCCUCAACUAGGACCACAACACCUCACAGGCCCCUCCUGUUGUCACUGUUGUGACUCUUACUGUUAUGAUAUGCAGACUAAACACUGAUAUUCCCGACCUUUAAAUCUCAGAACCGCAGUAACUAAUAAUAUAUUUUUUAAAAUAAUCAUAUUUAUAAGAAAAAUCAUUCCCAUUCUUCCAGAUGACUUGAACAAUUCCUAACAGAAUAAUUUAAGAGUAUGCGUUCUCACAGAAUAUAAAAAAGAAUAAAUACAUAAUUAAGGAGUAUCAAAGUAAAUACGAAGGUGGUCACUAAUCCUUUCAGAUUAAAUAAAAAAUGCAUGUCAACGUCUCAAUUUACGUUAAUAAUAUAGAACAAAAACAAGAGAACACCACCUUAUGCAACUACAGUAAGAGGGAAUUUCAACAAGGGAAUGUAACAGCACAAAAACCCAGAAAUAAUUAGCCAAAGUCCAAUAUUAUCUAUGUGCAUAAUUACAAUAAAAAACUGCAAAGAAUAUUAGUGUUUUUGUGAAGAAAUAUGUCUGAUUUGACAAAGCAAGCCCUUCAUGUCUGAUUAACUACUCUGUUAACUGCUCCAAGAUAAACAUGCUAUCUGCCAGCAUGGAGAGCUUUCAGCACCACUGGGUAUAAGAAGCAAGACUAGAUGCCAGCUACCAUUAGUUAGUUCCUUCUUCCUAUAAAGGAACAUUUCUGUUCUGCAGUGUCUGGGAUACAGUAUCUAGGUAAAAUUAAAGCUUGGAGCCCCCAGCCAAAUGAAAAGGGUUGGAUUGCCUGCUUUCUUUCAAAAGACACUAUCCAUCACAAUAGAAGAUUGACAACAAGAACUCUAGGCUUGUUGUGGCCUCCAGAAGAGCAAUUUUUCAAGUGCCAGAUUUGGAAGCAACAUUGGAAUUGCUUUUUUCAUUGAUCUGACUUUAGAUUUAAUUCACUUUCUUCUUACACUAAUACCACUGUGUUUAAGUGAGUGGCACUCCAGACUUUCCAGCUUCACUCCAUGGCUGUUCAAUACCUUCUGUUGUUACUUUCAUUCACCCAAGACCGAGCUCACCUUGGAAAUCAAGUGUUGAAUAGUCGAGAUCUAAGAACAUCUAAGUUCACACCUACAGUACCACAACAAUUUAAUAACACGAUGCUGCCAUCUCAGUUUUUAUAAGCCGUUGACAAGCUCGGGAAAGUUCAAGAGAGCUUAUUAUUAGUUUAUGAGAAUAAUUCUUUCUGCUUUUUCACAAUUAGGGAAAUUGGACUUUUUAUGUGCCCCUGAACAUAUCGGAGGGAUUCAAAAUCCCAACGCACCAACAUAUAGUAACAGGCAAAACGAUGUGGCAGCAAGAGCUCUAACUCCUGGUUACCAUCCUCGCAUAUUGGUCACAUAAUCCCCUACAUAUGCAAAUACAGUUGCUUUGAAGAAAUAAUUUUUUACAUUUUUUAAUCUCUGUUAACUCUUUGCUGUGGGCAUACACUGUCAGCAUCAUCACUUAUAUCAAAUUCAGAUCUUGGUUGUUUUAGGUUUAAAAUGUCUUUUUCAGAUACAUGAAAAGAAUGUUUUUAUGAAGCCGACAUUCACCAUAUUUUGUUGCCCAUACUGUAUAUGGCUCUUUCAUUAUCGGCUUCCAUUCUCACCAUUCUCCCUGAAUCACCUUCAUUUAUUACUUUACAUGAAUUGUAACAAUGAUAAGUCAAGUAAAACCCCAAGUUGGAAAUUCUGCAUCAAAGACUGAAAGUCCUGUGGAAUAUUAAAUAGGAAUGUUUUCAUUUCAAUGAAUGAAAGAAGCAAUGACUUGUAACUGAUUCGACGAAAAACAUAAUGCGUUUCAAUGACGACUUCACUUUUAAAAAUUGAUUUACUAAAUAAGUAAAAAAUAAUAGUCUAAAAAGACAGCAGAAGGUAGACAAGUAGUUCUGUUUGAAGAAAUGCUGUAUCGAUGGCUUUGUACAGAAAUCUUUUAAAGUAACAAGUAACACAGCCCAGUAUAAACCUGCUGACUGGCAUCAUAAAGGUUUGAGACAGUGAGUUGCUGUUUAUCAAUCAAAAAAAGACUGUUUUCUGAGGCUGAGACGAGCACAACUGUUCGUGUGCUUUGCUUCAGGCCACGGCUGCAGCUGAGGAAUUAGAGAUUGGCCAUGUCAAGCAUCAACAGGGAAUCAGUAUCUUCACAGAAUUGACAGAUGGUCCCCACACCAUGAGAAGUGACUGUGAUUAAUAAGGGGCAUCGUUUGAUAAACACUUUUUCAGACACUCGAAGAGGCCAUUCAGGAAUAAAUAAUGUGAUAUUCUUAAUGUAUUCUUCUAUUUGCGAUUUUUAAUCUUUAAGAGGACAGUAUGGAUUAUUUAAAGCACUGAUUCUUUUUUCAGUUGAAAGUCUGUUGGGAGAAUAGCAUUAGAAUCCACAUCUCAAAUGCUUCAUUUAUUUUACAAAACAUUCCGUCUGCUGUAGAUUUUCUUUUCAUUUCUCCAAAAUUUUCUCUGGGUUCAUAAUUUUUUUGGGGUCUUCAUAUUUAUAUAAAAUAUAAUAUAUUGUCAUGAUAUCUUGACAACAAAAAGUUUCUAAAAUAAUGAAGAAUUACUGUACAUUCAGCUGUGCCUUAAAAGGGAUAGGGGGUGGAAAGAUAAAGAUAAUAUUAGUUUCCAAAUGUUAGCACUUUUGACAGAAUCAGCUAAUCAAUGAUUUUAUUAUUGCUGUAUGUAUUCAAAACUAAACACAUCUACAUGUAUAAUACUUAGGAAUCAUAGCAAUAUUGUUCACAAAUUUUUUAAAUAUACAAGCUUUAAUUUACCUUUUCAUUACUUUAUAUUUUAGCAAGCAAAUGUGCAUUGACACCCUUACAAGCUGGUUCAUGUGUUUUAUCUACCAAAUAGUUUUGCCUUUCCUCUUUUACAGUGAGGGCUGGCUAACCAGUGGACAAAAAUGACAGGGUCUCCCAAGUAGCUCAACCGAUAAAUAUGCUUAUACAGUACUUAGAACAGGUUGAUCGCUGAUGCCUGAGUUAUACCAUGAAGCAUUUGGGAUUCACCAAGGUUAGAGUAGAUUAGUUAGCUAGGGCUCUCUCUGCUCAUUAUGAAACAGUGGCCCCUCCAACUUUCCAAGCUUUCAUGCAAGCCCAUAGUGAAAUCAAUGAGGGAAAUGCCCAGAUCAUCAUUGACCCAACUGUACUACACUGCACAGGCUUGCAUGGGACAGCAUUUCAUAGCAGGUAAGUCUUAAAUAACUAGUGGAUUGUAGGUUCAACUCCCCACUAUAGAUACUGUUGAACCUUGGUUGAGCUACAUUAUCCCAUUUGCUCCAAGGCACUGAAUUGGAUUGGUAUCCCAACUAGAGGUGAUGUCAAGUGCCCUCUGAUCGCUUCACACCUUGAAACUAGGAUAAACUCAAGCACUAUGUAAAAUUUUGUGGAGUUUGAAUGGAAUAACCUACCGACAAAAUAUUAAAAAUGACACGUCUCAAUUUAAGGAAAAUGGCCUUCAUUUUUUCAUGUGUUUUUUGCCUGCUUUAGAAUGAUGCGGCCUGACUGGAACUUAAGUUACACAAAGUUGAGGUGAUUGAAUCACAUAUGUCUACACACAGGAGAGCAGAGUCCAGCACUGGUCCAAUGAUUAGAAGGCACUUGACCCCGAAGAACCUGUCAUUAGAACAGGGGGAUUAUGUGUUGUGUGACAGUUUGCACAAAGUUCUUUAAUGAAAUUUGCAAAUGAAAAAAACAUGGAGGUGGAGUCAAACUCUGGUAUGGACUAGAAAACUAAUUUUCUCACUUUUCAGCACUAAUUCUCCUCAUUCAGAUCUCUCUAAACCCUGUGCAAAGACUCAAUAUGGUAAAAGAACACCUGUGCAUGAUGAACAGCUGAAAUAUUGCUUGGGAGUUACUAUAUUUAAAAUAGGCUCAAGGUAGAAAGUAAUCAUUACAAAGUUACUGUAUAUUUGAAGAAGCUGGAUGCCACUGAAAGAAGAGGCCAGCCAAUCGCAGUCUUAUAUUGAGACUUCAUAUCCCUUCAUAUACAAUUGUCUUCAUUCUUAAAAAAAUAAGCCGUUUUAAUCUAAAAUCCAUAAAUAAGACAUCUUCUUUAUUUUUCACAUUCUCAUAAUUUCAUCAUGUGUCUAAAGGCAACAAAUCUCUUACUAAUCCCUUAAGACGUGCAACACAAUUCAUACAGUAUUGGGCACAAUUGCUAUGUAUGUCAUUCUGAUGUCCAGCCUCAUUGCAAAAUUACUUUUUGUUAUCACUCCAGUAUAUCACUCCAGUAAGAUUUAACAGUCACUUGUAUAUAGGAACAGCAAAUACUGUCUCUAGUGCAAAGGCGAGCAAGUACAUUCACAAUUAAUGUUAUUAAAACAUUGGCUGUCCUGAUAGUUCAGCUGGUGUUUUCUGUAUAAUACUUACAGUAAAAAUGUAUGUCAGAUCCAAAACCACUUACACUUUAAGUAUCUACUGUAUGUGAAUAAUCUAACCAUAUUUGUGGUUCUCCACGUAAACAAACUUAUUUCAUGUCUUAAAGAAUCCAGAGUAACAACAAAGACUUCAGACAUUUUAAUAUUAAUAUUUCUGGUGAUUGUAUGUACUGUAAUCUUGGAACUUACAUGUACUGUAUUUGCUUAUAUUGUCCCAUACAAAGUUAUAUUGUCACUGUGAAACUAAAGCUUUUAUUUCAUGAAUACCUGAGAAUCCACCUUCAACUUGUGCUGACUUAUACAAUGUUUUCAAUCUUCUUCUGUCUGUUAUUGCGUUGUUAACUUCGGAAGAUGUGACAAAUGUUCUUAAAUUAGUCUCAGGUUAGUUUACUCUACUAGAGUUCUCCUACUAGAGUGAUGGAUACCUAUUUUAGGCAAUGGCACCUUUUCUGUGUAUUAUUUGUAGACUAUAAUCACAUCUUAAUUGGACAUUGUGUUUUUAAAGAUUGUUUUGAUUGCACAACAGUGAAAGAUUUGAAACAGUAUUGACAUUUUAAUCACUGAAUUAUAGAGCUGUAACAUUUUUUCCUGUAGAUACCAAUAAUUCAUGUUUGUGUGUCCUGGAAUGACAAAUAUGCUGCCCAUUUCACAUCCACUGUCAUUUCUUUUAGUCACAACUCUGCAUGUCGAAAUGUACAUCUGAAGUGCACUGUCAUAAUAAAUAGAUGUCUUUUUUUGGUGACUAAAAAAGAAUAGAAUAUGGAAGAAAGAGACUUUUGUUUAAGCUUGGCUUGAGACAAGUUUCACAAAAAUCCACAGCUUGGCUUAUGGGUUAGUGUAUUAUAAUUGGAGUUUCUGAAAAGUGCCAGAGAGCCUUGCGUAUCAUCACCUCAUAUCUCUCCAUCAUCACUCCUGCAACAGCUCCCUGGCUCAUUCCUCAUUAAGAGGGUAAGAUUCCAACAGACUUUCCCUCAGCCAGGUGGGUUAAGUCAACACAUCAAACGAAUUUGAAUUAUGUUUUCACUCCAUCUUGAACUACUGAAAUACAUUAACUGACUAACCAACCCAUGAAGGUGAAAGAGUAAUGUUUUUUAUGGUUAAUUCUUGAGCUUUUAUGGACAUAUGCGAAACUCACCAGGUUGCAUGAAUGGAGGGUUAUUAGAUUAGUCUGUUCAAUGGCCAUCAGAUUUUUUCAGCGGCCAUCAGAUUUGCUCUAUAGCUGCUGAUUGUAAGUUUGAAAAUUUCAGCACUGCCUGCAGCGUGCUUAGAAAAAGAAGUAAAAGGUCUUGUGAUGUUUGUCCAAAGGUCUUGAUCAUAACUAUACAGUACAUAGCAUGACAAUAAAGUUACUUCAUGUUUUGCAUUACUUGCCCCCAUGCAUACCCUCAAACCAUAAGGCAUAACAUAGUUACAACAAUUAUGUCCAAACAUGGGACAAUGCCACAUGCAUUCUCAGAAUUCACUGUUUAUCAGAAAACAAAGGAGCAAAUUUGGCUGCAUAUAUUAGAUGAAAUAUCCUGUUGCUCCAGACCCUAAAUUAAAUGUUAACCCUGACUUGCAACUUAAGGUGGGCUGGCCUUGAACUGAUGAAUGUCAGAGAUUACUCUGUCCCAUGUAGUGUACAAGAGCAUGAGAAAGGCUGUAGACAAGAGGAGGUCAUUCAGCUCAUCAAGCUCACCUGGUUCUAUUUCCCUGGUUCUCCCAUAGCAAUAGUUUCACAAAUAGGAGCUAUCUAAUAUAAUAAAUAGCAAAUAUAAGGGUUAUUGCCAAAAAUUGUUUGAUAACUUAAAAGCUUUCAGGUGAACCUGUAUUUUCUGGGCCUGGCAAACAAAUCCAGUUAACUUUCAGUGUCAAGACAAAACAUGAUUUUGUUCAUUUCCUCCCUUUUCAAAAUCGAACAGUCUGGGCAAACUACAUCUCUUGAAACAUUUUUACAUAUGUAGCUUGCUAGAUUUUAAAGCAUUAACAGUAUAUUGCCCACAUUUUUGUAAGGCAGCACAUCUAAACCCUGAAGAAAAAGAUGUCUCAAUUUUGUGGAGCAGAAUAUGAACAAACACCACAUGAAAAUGUACAGUACAUAAUGUGUACUUUUCACUCAUUUGAGAACUGCAAAGUAAUAUUAUGAUUCAAGAAAAAACAUUCUCAACAAGGUGAAAGGCUUUUAAACAUAAAAAGCAAAAGCAAAGAUAAUGCAUUAUACUACUUUAUAUUACCAAAACUUGAAAAAGGUUUCCAUUGUCAAAAAUAACUUUUUGUUAGUGGUCUCAUUUUGCACACCUUUUACUCUGCAUGUGUAUUAUCUUUGGUCCAGGACAUGUAAUACAUAUAAAAAAACAGUUACAUACGCAAAGCUGCAUUCUGUUCUGAAAGUGAAAAGUUUCAUGAAAGCGAAAAAUGCAUUGUUAUAUUUUUCUUGAUGCAUCAUUUUUGUGAGAACUACAGUACUGAAAAUUAUAUUAUUAUAUUAUUGAUGUUGAUGUCACUGUUGAUACUGUUGUUUUAUCACUAUUAAUGGAAUAUCACAGUUUUUGAGUUAACGUAUUAUGAUUUCUGUGUGUGAUUUCUCUGUGACCUUUUCCUCUCUUUUGUAAAGUUUGCUUUUGUCAAAACCUUUCCUUUAAUAUGUAUAGUAGUUCUGAUAACCAACUAUGUCUAUUGGGGAAAUAUAUAUAUGAAAUAUGG